AUGCAUGAGAGCCGGAGCAUGCAGCACGGUGAAGGCCCUGCCGCGGUGCUCGCCAUCGCGACAGCAAACCCGUCCGGCACCAUCCUGUCCCAGGACGAAUUCGCCGACCAGUUCUUCCGCGUAACCAAAAGCGAUCACCUUAUUGGCCUGAAGGAAAAGUUAAUAAGAAUAUGCAAUAAAACAGGCAUAGAGAAGCGGCACUUCCACAUGACCGAAGAAAUACUCCGUGCCCACCCGGAGUUCGUCGACAGAGCUCUUCCAUCCCUUGAUGCUCGCAGCAACAUUGUUGCAACCGAAGUCCCCAAGCUCGCAGAGUCCGCCUCGGUGAAGGCCAUCGCCGAGUGGGGACGUCCAGCCACCGACAUCACCCACCUCAUCUUCAGCACCUACUCCGCCUCCGGUGCCCCGAGUGCUGACCUGCAGCUAGCCUCCCUCCUCGGCCUCCGCCCUUCUGUCUGCCGCACCAUACUCAGCCUCCACGGCUGCUACGGCGGUGGCAGGGCACUUCACUUGGCAAAGGAGCUCGCCGAGAACAACCGCGGCGCGCGUGUCCUCGUGGCCUGCUCUGAAAUCACCCUCGUCUGCUUCGGCGGUCCCGACGGGAGCAACCUCGUCGGCCACGCUUUAUUCGGGGACGGCGCUGGCGCUGUCAUCGUUGGCGCUGGCCCCUUGACCGCCGGCGAACGCCCGCUGUUCGAGAUGGUUUCCGCCACACAGACGACGAUACCAGAGACAGAGUACGCGCUGGGCAUGCAAGUCUCAGCAGGCGGCCUAGAUUUCCACCUCGCCAUCCAGGUGCCGAUGCUGCUGGGACAGAACGUCGAGUGGGCCCUGCUCAACGCCUUUAGGUCGGCGCUGGGAGACGACGUCGAGGUGACAUGGAACGACCUAUUCUGGGCUGUGCAUCCGGGUGGCCGCCCAAUCUUGGAUAAGAUAGAGGAAGUACUUGAGCUGGAGCCAGGGAAGCUGGCGGCCAGCCGGCACGUUCUGCGGGAAUACGGAAACAUGAGCGGCGCAACCAUAGUCUUCGUGCUGGAUGAGCUACGACGCCGCCGCCUUAGGGAAGAGAAAGGCGACCAUGACCACCAGCUACCGGAGUUGGGGGUGAUGAUGGCCUUCGGACCCGGAAUCACAAUCGAGACGAUGGUGCUGCGCAUCCCGAGCGAUCCCAAGAAGAAUUAG